AUGAGUGAAAAGACUGCUGCAGCUGGUUUUGAAGACGGAGUGGUGCGAGUGUGGGACUUAAAUACAGGACAAGUUAAUUAUAUCUUGAAAGAUACUGUUGAAGAUGUCGAACAAAUAAUGUCGACAGUUAAUAAUGAUAAAUCAGUAAACGAACGGGUUACAUGUUUACAAAUUAUAGUAUUAGAUAAUAAGUCUAAACAAUUAUCGAAUCAAAAAGCACCUGUCACACUUUUUGCAACUUACCGAAAUGGUUAUUUUCGAGAAUGGGAUCUUACUUCUGGUCAAAUUUCCCACACAGUUUUCACACAUCAAAAAGGUGGUAUCAGUUGCCUCUUUGUAGUUGAUGAUGAUCAAGAUGGGAUACAUAUUUUUACUGGAGCACAAGACGGGUCGGUCAAAUGCUGGAUUCGUAUGAUUGAUUUAGACAAUAAGCCUAAAGAGCUAUGUAAUAACGUGUGGAAAUUACUCUACACAUUGCGCGGAAAAUCCGGAAACGCAAUUACUGGUAUAAGUGCUAAAGUAAUCAAAACUGAAAAGGGUUGUUUUGGUGUCGUGGUUACCGGAGCUGCGGAUGGAGAAGUUAGAGUAUAUGAUUACCUUACAGGCCAAUUUAUAGAAACAUUAAGUUAUGGAACUUCAGGAAAACAGAACCUUGCAAAAGAACAUAAUGAGCAACAACGACAGAAAAAAUUUAAAACUUUCUCUUCAGAACAGGAUUGGUUUGAAGAAGACGAAGAUGAGAAUGAAUUUUGGGAUGAAAUAGAAAGUUUCGAUUCAUCACACCAAGGUGCAAUUAUAAGUAUUAUAAUUCAUCCACUUAAAGAAGAAAGUUGUCCAUGUGGUGAUAUUGAAGAGAGUAGAGGUUUUUCAAUAAUAACUUCGUCAUUGGAUGAAAAAGUCAAUUUUUGGCAAUUAACCCGAAAGUUUGUGGACUGUACGUGCAUGACAUCCCAACUAGAAGAACCUCCUCUUAAUUAUAACGAUAACGUAGAUACCUCAGAACGAUUUCAAAAAGUUUUUCUUGGACAUAUAAGGCAACCCGGUAGUUCAGUGAUCGUGCUUCUUAAAGGACAUAUAAUUGGAGUUCGUCGUACUACGGGUCCAAAUGCAUCCAUAAAAAGGAGUCAUGGUGCUGAAGGUGAAUGGGAAGUUUGGGCUUUUGAUAUUAACGACCCUAAUGUGUUUGAGCCAACCGAAGAAAUUGAUUUUUUAGAAAAUUAUGAUGAUGAUGAAUUUAAAGUUAAAACUAUUCCAUUGGUUAACGACAGUGAUUUGAUAAUAGAACAACAAAAAAAGAAGAAAGAAAUAUAUAAACAAGACCGAGAAAAUAUGGAUAAAUUAAAAGGGUUUGUUGGGCGACGUAAAGUUGUUUCGAUGACAAAUAAGAACUAUCUCUCAAAUUCAUCUCAUUCCGAUGAUCAAAAUGAAAAUCAUUCAUAUAUUCACAAUGAAGAGGACUAUGUACAAGGACAAGUUAUGGAUUUUAGGCAGCGAAGUCAGAAGCAGCGUGUUUAUCCAAAUAACAGUCACUAUGAUCGAAUAUCAUUUAAAGAGGAAGAUGUAAUGAACGAGAUGUUACCAUUUUCUCGUAUACGACGAAUUGUCAAAGUGGGUGAAGACGGAUUAGCCGUCACAUAUGGCAAUUUUGUAAAAGUUAUAAUGUUUAAAGAGCUAAACGAUUGUUAG